AUGCCGUACGGAAAGCUCCACGUUCUUCCGCUGAGCUUGUUCAUCCUAAUCCCAGUGACGUUUCUGAUUACAUACACCAUAUCCGUCCAGUGGGACCACGUGGUACCUGGAUUCCCUUACAUAUCGGAAACGGGGACCUUAUCGCCUGAAUCGUGUAUAUUCGCCCAGUUUCUCAAUAUAGCCACACUUCUCCUUGCAUGUUGCGUGUACAUCAGACACCGAGAAGUUUCGCAGUGGCAAUUGGAACGGGGCAGCGAACUGGUGAACAAGAGGCUCGUUGUUGUGACGGCCUGGUGCGGGGCUUUAGCAUGCUUCGGCCUAGACAUUCUGGCUAAUUUUCAAGAGGCUCGCGUAUUCGCCGCCCACAUGAUCGGAGCUAUGACCUGCUUCACAGCUGGAACUGUUUACUUUUGCCUUCAGACGUAUCUAAGUCAUAAAAUGGUACCAGCGGUGAACGGUCGAAUCGUGGUCUACGUGCGAGCUGGUCUAUCGGCGCUGACAUUGAUUUUGACGGUUGCCACCAUCGUCGCCGGCUACAUCUCCAUGUUGGAGUUUCAAGGUAACGAUUACAAGAAAUGGUUGCCAACAGAUGGUGGCUGGGGUUGGCACGUGGCCAGCGCUAUAUCCGAAUGGGUUCUGGCGAUCGUCUAUUGCGCUUUCCUCCUAACAUUUGUACCAGAGUUUCGGUUAAUUAAUUUCGAGGAUCCUGUAGUCACGCUAAUGUAUCUAGACAAGGAUCCAGACAUCAAGAUGUUGCACAAAUUGGAGCCACAAACACCAGAAUGUUAA